AAAGCACUGUCAGAAACAGCCACAGACGCAGCAUAAAUAAAAUCUCUGACGUUAAAAUGGUGAAUUUCGUACAAAUUUGUUUAAUAUUUUCAAGCUUUCUCGGCAUUUUCGCGAGUAAAAUAUUUGCAAAAAACAAUGAGAAUUAUCAUCCCUUCGUAAAAGUUGGUAAUAAGUAUUAUUUUAUAAACGGUGAAUUGAAGAUGAACUGGUUCGAAUCAUCUGAGUACUGUCGAUCUCUUGGUGGUGAUUUGGCGAAUAUUGAAUCACUAGAGGAACUUCUGGAGCUGGAAAAAUAUAUCUUAACUAGAGGUAUUCUCUCGCAACUUUGGUUUGAUGGCAACGAUUUGGCAAAUGAAGGAAGAUAUAUGUCACACAGCACUGGUCGACCCAUACUUUUCACCAAAUGGUACUCAACUAACCCUGACAAUCAAAAUAAUGAAGAUUGCCUUGAAGUUUGUAUGGAUGAUAAAACACUUCUGAUGAAUGAUCAUCACUGUGAAAAAGAAUUUUAUGCGAUUUGUCAGUUUCGUGAACCUAGCAUGCAUUGCAGCGGGAAAGAUUCAUUAAUGCAUCAAGAUGAAAACUGUAUACUAAAGAACUUAGUUGAGUCUUUGAUGCAGGCAGCUGAUGCGUUUAAAUCACACUCGCAACCCCUACUGUGCCCAACAUCAUAGUGCAUGAACAGGAAACAUUAGUAAGCAUAUCUUCCGCCCAACAACAACAGAACAAAGCACGAGCUACAUAAAGCAUGGAAGAAAAUUGUGAAACGAUUACUGUACUACUUGUCGCACUAAAAACAGCAAAAAAAUGCGUUUUAAAAAAAAAUUGAGCAAUUAUGAAAUUUUUUUUUGAACCGACGAGAUUAAAUAGUUCCAAAUUUUCUUUUUAGUGGCAACAUAGAUUAAGUUACAAUAUCCGUAACUUCCAAAUUAUUGCAGAAAGCGUACACUUUGAACCUUUAGCACUUAUUAUAUAUGUGCAUACAUACAUACAUACUUAUGUAUGUAUGUACUACUAUUUUAGCAUAAGAAUUGUUGCAAUCUACUUUUCUGUAACAAAAAAAUAUUUACUCUGCAAUUA